CGUUGUUUGCGCGGUCGGGUUCGGUAACUUCAUCUUUACAAUUAUUUUAUUACAACAAAAGUGUUGUCUUCUUUUUGUUGUUUGUGUUGCAAACACACAUGUGCAGUGGGAAUCCCAUAAACAUAUACGGCAACGGCAACAGCAGCAAAAGCAAAGAACAAAAACAAAAUUCAUCCCCGGCCUGUCCUACGACCUACUCCUACCCAGCAGCAUUCACACCGACACAGUGACAGCAGAACCCCGGAUGGUUUGGAAAAUACCAAAAUCCAAUCAAACAGUUAUACGGAGACUUUCGUCGGAAUAACGUUAGAGUAUUUUGUGGUGCUGUUGUUGUUUUGUCUUUGUGUCGUGUUGUUGUUCAUGUUGAUUACCGUUGGAAAAUCUUUAUUUUGGCAAAAAAGGAUACUAAUAUUCUUGUUUUUUUGUUUGUAAUAUUACCCAGAAGACAGGAUUUGUUUGCGACGCGGGCGGAUUUGAUUUUCAAAUUGUCCGUUGAUUGACGGUAAAUGUUUGAUUGUAUUUUUUUUUUACAUAAAAUACAACUUGUAUUGUGAAUUGGUGUUUUGUGCAAUGGAUAAAUAGCGCUAAAAUAAAAAAGAAUAAUUAUUGUUUGGUUUGUAAACAUAAACAAAGAAUUCAAAACAGUUUUAAUUAAGGUUAGGGAUUUAAUUUGUUCAAUUAAUUAUUGCAAUCAAUAUUUGUGCCAACACAUUUGUUGCGAGUUUUCCGAAAAUUAUUUCGUGUUUUAAUAUUUUGCGAAAAAAGUGUAUUGUUUCCCAUUGUUUAAAAAGAAAACAACAAAUUGUUCUUUUUACAAUAAAAAAAAAACUUUUCCUUAAAAAAUACCAGUGUUAUAUUGUUCUUUAAACUCACACUUAUUUGGAUAACGAAAAGAGCAUAAUCUGGUCGAUACAACAUUACUGCGUUUUUUGAAUGAAAAGGUGGUGCAUGGUAUGAAGUUCUGAUAUUGACUCAUUGUAUACUUUACCGUUUGAAGUAUCGCAUGCUACGUAAAAUUAUUCCAUCUAUUGAGGAAUAAAAAAGGAUUAUAACAACAUUCACAUACAGGUGACGCAAAAAAGCACACAUCAACAUACGUACCAUAACAUUGUCGGCCGUCGCCAUAGCCGUCAUAUCGUAUUCGUUUUGUUGUCGACGAAGACGUGGAAGCAUAGGAGGACAGAGAUUAAGCUUGUACCUUUAGACGUGUGCUUUUGUUUGUGUCAACCGUUCGGUGCCGUUCGUAAGGCGGGCGGGGAAUGUGAGAAGAGUGUAGGUGUAUUAGCUAUCAAAUGAAAGGAAAAUUGUUUGAUAGAAAUCUGAAAAUGUGCGCACUACGAAGUUGUUCCGGGUCCGGAAUGAAUUUCAAAAACAAUGACAAAUAUUUGAUUGGCAUCGUUCUUUGGUUAAUGGCUCUGCUGCAGGUGGUUCAUUCGCUUGAUAUUGAAACAUGCAAAAAUCCUCUGGGCAUGGAAUCCGGAUCUAUUGCUGAUUUUCAAAUAACAGCAAGUUCAGCACAUGAUAUGGGAAAUGUCGGUCCCCAGCAUGCAAGGCUUAAAAUCGACAACAAUGGCGGAGCAUGGUGUCCCAAGCACAUGGUAUCGCGUGGCUUAAAGGAGUAUCUGCAAAUCGAUCUGCUAAAGGUUCACGUCGUCACGGCAGUCCGUACUCAGGGCCGCUUUGGUAAGGGUCAAGGGCAGGAGUAUACAGAGUCCUAUGUAUUGGAAUACUGGCGUCCAGGCAUGACUAAAUGGAUUCGAUGGAAAAAUAUCCAAGGGAAGGAGAUUCUGCCUGGAAACAUCAACACCUAUAGUGAGGUGGAGAACCUCCUGCAACCGAUCAUUUUUGCAUCGAAAAUUCGCAUAUAUCCAUACAGCCAGUAUGACCGAACUGUUUGUAUGAGGGCCGAAGUGGUUGGAUGUCCCUGGGAAGAGGGAAUUGUAUCUUACACUUUACCCAAAGGUGUUCAACGUGGAAUUGAAAUCGAUUUAUCAGAUAAAACUUAUGACGGCCACGAAGAAGACGAUAGAUAUAUUGGUGGCCUUGGCCAGUUAGUUGAUGGGCAGAAAGGCAAAGAUAACUUCCGGACGGAUAUUCAUGGAUUUGGUAAAGGCUACGAGUGGGUUGGCUGGAGAAAUGAUACCCCUAAUCUAUUGGGGAAACCAGUUGAAAUUGUUUUUGAAUUUGAAACUGUAAGAAACUUUAGUUCAAUCAUCUUACAUACAAACAAUAUGUUUUCAAAAGAUGUUCAGGUAUUCGUUCAUGCAAAAGUUUACUUCAGUAUGGGCGGACGUCACUAUACCGGCCAGCCAGUAUUAUUUUCUUAUAUGCCAGACACUGUAUUGGAUCAUGCAAGAGAUGUCACUAUUAAAUUGCAUCAUCGGAUGGGAAGAUUUUUACGAGUUCGACUGUAUUUCGCAUUGCGGUGGAUUAUGCUGAGCGAAAUAUCUUUUGUGUCUGCACCUGUUAUUGGAAAUUUCACUGAAGAAGAAAUUCCGGAAACUACCCCUCCGCAAGAAAUUCCUUACCAACGCGACGGAACGCAAUCCAAAUAUGACAAAGACAAUCGAAUACCAAAAGUUAUUGCACCAAAACCAAUCGACCAAGAACCCGAAGAGGGUUUUGUUGGUGUGAUAAUAGGCGUGUUGACUACAAUUAUUCUGCUCCUGGUGGCUGUUAUUCUCCUGAUAAUUGCCAGAAAUAAACGGAAAGCAGCCCGUGGUAGCAACGUCUUGGAUGUGUUCCAACACAAUUUCCAUUCUGAUGCGCUGGGUAGCGUUGGCGGCGGUAAGCGUAUGCAUCACGGUAGCAGUAACAUGAAGGUUGCCAUGGAUGACAGCGAUUCCAUGGACAAAAACAGCAUGUAUCAUGAACCUUUUAACGUGAACAUGUACACAAGUGCUGCAAGUGCAUGCUCCAUGAAUGACAUGCGACAUCAUCACAUUGCGCCAGAUUACACAGAAGUAUCCGAUGCUGUUUGUCAGGAGUACAUCGCACCACAUAUGCAAAAUUUUAUCCCGAAAACUUCGGGUGGUUAUGUGAAUGUUCGCACACGACCACCGCAGUCUUUGAAUAAUAUAUUCCCCAAGCCACCACCGGUCCCGGCGCGACCAACCGAGAGCUACUAUGCAGCAACUGCCAUCUAUCGGCCGAUCUCGAAUGGCAGUGGCAAUGGAAGUAUCGGGGGAAAUGGCAAUGUUACGGGGUUCUCCACACCGACUGGAACUCUUGAUUCCAACUCAACGAUACCAGAGAUGUCAAUAUAUUUUCAGCCAGCUUCCAGGAUUUACAAUUUCAAGAAGUUUCCCGAAAAUCUAUAAUUUUUAAUAUGUUGCAGGAGGGAUUUUGAUUGGGAGGCAACGUCUAGGCUAUUCUGAAGAGAAUUUAAAGAUUUUACCUACUAUAUAUAUUGACAACGAGCUGAUUUUUGUGUUUCUAUCAAGUUCCAAAAUAUAAAGCAUCCACACUAUCAUAUCUUCGGGGAAAAUACUAUAAGACUGAUUUCUUAUUAAAUGCGCUUAAAUAAAUAAUGUAUUUCGUUUUUUUUCUGAAUAAUUUAAAAUAAAUUUAAUGUAUUAUUUAAUAAAAACAAAAUUCAUUUAA